AGAUCAAAAUGGCUUUCAGGCCCAUUACCUAGAAAUCUCUUAAAAUCUAGGUAUGUUCCUGAGGUCAUUUCUUUGCUUAUGCUAAAUUAGUUACAAUUAUGAAUGGGGGAUAUUUUUUUAAUAUAUUUUAUUGAUUAUGCUAUUACAGUUGUCCCAAUUUUUCCCCCUUUGUCCCCCUCCACCCGGUACCCCCAGUCCCUCCAGCAGUCUCCCCCAACCUUAGUUCAUGUCCAUGGGUCAUGCACGUAAGUUCUUUGGCUACUCCAUUUCCUAUACUGUUUUUAACAUCUGAAUGGGGGAUAUUCUACUGCACUUUUAAAAGAAGAAACUAUUUUUGUGUUUGAAGGUGAAACCAUCUAUUGCAGAAUCCUAGUUCCUUUCAUAAAUUUUUUUACCUUGACUACAAACAGAUGAUGCUAUGAUUCUACUAUAUAUUUUAUAUAAAAUCUAUCCAAAUUAGGGUUUGGGUAAAUUUAUGUUAUUUAACCUGAAGUACAAUAACUGUUAACAUUCUAAACAGAGUCCACUCCACUUUGUCCUUUCUCCACAGACUUAAUACUGUUUUAACACUCAGGAACCAUUGCAAGGAACUUUCUCCAGAUCAAAUUAAUACUAAAGUAAAUGUCAUCCGAGCCCAGCUGUAUGUCACAACCCUUUAUUCCCUGAGAGGCUGAACUCAAGAGCCUGUUUUAUGGCUGUAAUCAUGUACAUAGACAUCUUUUGGAGGAAAGAGGCAGAAUAACUCACUGGAGUUUGUAGUAUUUUGCUAGAGCGUUCGAAGGAAUGGAAUCUUCCCCAGUAUGAAAUUAUUAAACUAGCUUACUGAAGCUGAGGACUACAAGCUUUUAGGAUGUUAUUUUAAUGAUGUUUCUCUCUGGCAUGGAAUGUUGGUUUACCUUCUACCCCUUUCAUUAGCAUUAAUAUUAGUGAAUUUAUAUCUAAUUCUUUCCACUUGCCCUAUUUUCUUCUCACCAAAGAAGCUCCAGACCCUGUAUCUUGUUGGGCCCCCAAACUGAAGCCAUUUUUGCUUUUGUCCCCCAGCAGCAGUGAGCCAGUCUUUUCCACAGGAAGUUCGGAGCCUACAUUCUUUGAGUCAGGAGCUAUUGCUGAAAAUCCCUUUUUUUGAACUUUGGUCAGCAGAAAUUAGUGUAACUGACAGGCAUAUUGAUUCUAAAUUUUUUUUACAUGAGUUCUUUUUUUAAUUAAAAAAAAAAUGACCAAACCUUGGAGAGGAGUGGUAAUAUUAAAGCACUCAUUCCCUUGUUCUUUCAGGUUGCCCAUUCACUUUCAUUUGCUUGUCAUUUGACUGUCUCCCUUUGCACCCGGAUCAGUAACAACCCACACCAUCCUCCUUCAGGGACCUCCCAGUCAACACUGUGUGGGUGCUAUGCAGAAUUAAAUUUAAUGGAUAUUUCUCAGCCUGGUUCAGAAUAAUAGAACCCUUGAUCCCAGAAAGAAUAGACUGCAGUAUGGAGUAAAGAUUAUGAUCAGGGGAGGGUUAGAGACAAAAGCUGUAAAUUACUAUGGCUGGUUGAUUUUUUCUACUAUAUACAUAUAUAUAUAUAUUUUUUUGCUUUUGUAUAUCCUACAUAGGAAACUAAGCAUUGUAUUUUUUUAACAAAUCUGAGAAAGCACUAUGAACUGCAGAUGUUUGACUUUCAGAAUAUAUUUUGUAUUACUAUCUUCACAUUGUGUGAAUACUGGAAGCUGCAGAUCUUUGCUAGGAUGCAAUAAAUUUAUAUACUUUUUGAGGGGUUCUGGGGGUAUUAAUCAAGCCCCUGUUAUGUUUUGAGGGAGCUCUGGUGCUACUUGCUUAAAGUUUUCAUUCAAUUGUCAGUACCCUGUUGCCUUUUGGACCUUGGGAUCAGAUCAGACGAGUUUUGGAGAUCCGGGUACCAAGGAAAUGAAGAUAGUCUAGCUGCCUCGAGUGAGGUGCCCUUUGCAUAGCUCUCCUUCCCCCUAUUCAAAAGCUGGGUAGCCUCUUGGGGUUGGGAGGGAAAAUGUGAAAUCUCAGAGUUUCAUCUCCCUUAGAAGAGAGCCGGUAACUUAUGUGCAAGGAUCAAAGGUGGCAGCAGUAGCUUUGGGGAAAGGGAGGAGGACAUGGCACUUCUCCAACCCCGGAAAACUGCUUUUGAAAACUGCUGAUAAAAUAUGGGCAGGUUGCUUUACUUUUGUUUGGGAGCCUGUGCUCUCUCUCGUGCCUCUCUUGGCUCUCCUCCUGGGGUACCGACCUCUUCUGGGAGGAUGAGCAGACCAACUUUGAGGUUGACCUGUUUUUUUUUCUUUGUCUGCCUUCCCUAAACACCACCCCCCAGGAAGACAUUAAGCAGUCUGAAACUUAAAUUCCUACUCUCCCAGAUUUGGCUCACUUGCCUUAUAUUUGAAGACUGGGAAAGGAAAAAAAGGGGUGUCCCUGGAUUCAUUCCUCCCCUAUGUCUUCUCCAACUUUGAUUUCCAAAAUUCAAAUAGAUUUCUUCCACAAAGUUCAUUUGAGAGAAAUGAGUAUUUUGUCCCAUUUUUCCCUUUCCUCAUCAAACAACUCCAGCCCACCUUGUAUCUGCUAGGUGAGAGGAGAUGUGAUUUGUCCCUCAACUUCCUUCAGUAUCAGGAAGAAUGCAUAACAAAUUGGGUUAAGCUGGGGCUGCAGGUAGUGAUGACUGUUGAUACCUCUCCUGGGGUGUGUGUUUCUCUCACCUUCAGGAAUGACACUGUGCCUUCUCCACAAUGGAAUGGGCUUUGUUUGCUCAGCCCUCCAGUUUCCCAGCAACUGCUCUUGAACAGUGGACAAGGGCAGGUCCUCAUACUUCUUAUAACCCCAUUCUUCCAAUGGCAUCCUGUAGCCCUCACCUGGAAUCUAGGGCUCAAGACUUUGGGGUAAGAUGGGGAAAAUAUGCUGGGAUUGACCUGAGUAUUCCCCUUCUACAGCUGCUGAUAGCAGGUGCCCUAGGGCUUGCUUCCUCUUCCUGAGUCUGUCAUCCUUGGAGGGAAGGGGGAGUUGCUCCAGCCUCUGGUGCCUAAAACAACUUUAUUUCUCUCUCUUAACUUGCAGUAACCAGUCGUCAUACCACUGUUGCCUUUUUAAACCUCUUAAUAAUUCAUACUGUGUUGUUGGUUCCAAUCCGAUUAUCACCAGGGCUGUGUGGAGAAAUACUUUUACAUGCUCCCUCAUCUUGGUCUCCCAACCCCUCCCCAUUCUGUAUGUAUGACGCUAAUCUCUUGUCUUUCAGUUUCUUCCUGCUCUUUUGUAUCUUUCUGGUGUCUCCUACCUUUUGUGUCUGGGUGUUUGGGGGCGCUUUUUUUUUUUUGCCUUUUUGUACAAAGAUUAGUUUCAAUGUAGUCUGUAGCUCCUUUGUAAACCAAUUAAAAUUUUUUUAAUAAAAAGGUAUGUCUCUGGUGUGUUGAGAAGGUUGGGAAUGGGGAGAACAUGCCUGUGACUUCAUGUACUGAACCCAGGAAAGGUUUCCAGCUACAUCAUUGAGCUCCUGUACAUAUUGAUCAGUACAGUUGCCCUACACUUAACUCCCAGGUAAAUGGUGUCAUGACCUGAUCAGGGUGCUGUGACUUCACAGAAAUGUGGAGGUCCAAGAGAAAGAGGCCCACCAACUUUUUCAAUAAGCUUUUUUACUUUGGAAUACUUUUAUUUUUUUUUUAAGAUUUUAUUUAUUUUUAGAGAGGAGAGAAGGGAGGGAAUUGAGUGGGGGAGAGAAACACUGGUCUGUUGCCUCUCAUAUGCACCCUGAUCACACCCUAACUAGGGACCAAACCUGCAGCCCAGGUGUGUGCCCUGACUGGGAAUUGAACAGGCGACCUUGUGCUUUGUGGGACAAUGCCCAACAAACAGAGCCACGCCAGUCAGAGCAGUUUCAGGGGAUACUUUUAAAGGAAAGUUGCAGAGAGAGUACAAAAAGCUCCUAUAUAUCCCCUUCCCCAGUUUUCCCCAUUGUUCAUGUUACCAUAGUACAUUGUCAAAAGUAAGAAACUGGCGUUGGUGUAUUACAUUAGCUAAACCCCAGGCUCUCUGAAUUUCACUAGUUUUCCUGAAGUUGUCUGCUUUCUGUUCUAGAAUCCAUUCCAGGAUACCACGUUGCAUUUAGUUGAAAUGUCUCCCCAGUCUCCUCUAGUCUGUGACAGUUUUUGUUUUUCAUAACCAGGACAGUCUUCAUGAGUAUUGCCUAGGUGUCUUGUAGAAUGUCCCCAGGUCUGAAUUUGUCUGGUGUUUUUUUUUUCUUUCUUUCAUUAUUAGCCUGACCUUACGGGUUUCUGGGGAAUACCACCCAGGUGAAAUGUCCUCAUCACAUCCUAUCAAGGGGUAUGUGAUAGCCCAUAACGUUACUGGUGGUAGCCCUUAUCACUUGGUUAAGGUAGUGUUUGCUAGGUUUAUCCAGUUUCUCUUUCCCUAUUAUUUGUGUGCUCAUCAAUAAAUCUAUCCUGCCUUUAAUGCAAAUUAAGCUUCCUCAAUGUAGCUAUAUAAUAUACUUAAAAUUCUGUGAGGAAAUUAUGUCUUCCCCAUUAGUUUAUAUUACAUGUACUUUAAAAAAAUACAUGUACCUAACUUAAAUACUAGGUAAAUUUCUUUUAUAGUUUGUUAUAAUCCAAUACUACAUUAUAUUUUGUUGCUCAAAUUGUCCCAGCUUGAGCCAUUGCAAGCUCUCUCAGGUUGGCUCCUGUGUCCCCUUGAUAUGUCUACACCCUUUUAAUUUUUCUGAGCACUUUCUCAGGUUCUGAUAAACAAGUUGCUUCAGGCUCAACUUGUAUUUUCCCUGCCUCAGCCCUAGAAUCGGACAUUUCUCCUUGGCUCUUUUUAUUUGGAGAAUUGUAUUUGGGAACCAAGGUCUAGCCCUAAAGUAUUUUACAUUCAGUUAAUACCCGCCUGUGUCAACAUGAUUGAAUCUGGAUUGUGGCCCCUUCUGAAACAAAUUUUUGACAGCCAUUCUAAUUUUCCAUUAGCCUGCAGCUUCUUUUCCUUUUCCUAUCUAAGAAUCCUUGAUCAACUCUUUAUACUCUCAACACUCCUGAUUGUUUUGCUCAUCCUGUGCCUGCUUUGUCAAUCACUGAGCUAUGAGUAAACUCAGCUAUUUGAUUUCCGUAUGUAGCCAUCGGUAAUGUAACAUUUUAACUAUUGGAGGCGGAGUAUUGUUUUUGGAUUUGGUUUUGUUUUAUACCCUAAAAUGGGUCUUCUUUAAUAGUAGUGCCAUCUAUUCAUUCAAUAAACAUUGAGCCUUUACUGUGUGCUGGGUACUAAGCUAAGUUGGAGAUAAAAUAUAAAACAGGUCCUGCAACCAAGUACUUCGUAGUCUGGCAAGUGAAACUGAUGCCAUUAAUUGCAAUACUGACUCCAUUUUUUUUCAGCAGAUGAUUCGAUUCCUAUUUUAUGCAGAAAACAGAAGCAUGAAUUUCCUCAAACUUCCCUCUCCUGUCCCUACAAACACCAAUGUAUUCAGCUUUUUAGGAAAAAACAUUUUUUCUUCGGAAGCUGAACCUUGUCACUUGCACUCGUUUUUUUAGACUUCUAUUUCUUUGUUUUCAUAUUUUCUCCUUUUAUCUUCAGUCUUGCCUGGGUUCUCUUGUCAGACUAUCAGCACGUUAAAAUCACUUCCCUCCAUUUUGAAAAGCCUCUGCCUCCCCUUCAAACUACUGAUCUAGUUCUUUUCUUUCCCAAAAUAGUUUACACUCAAUUUUACUCUUCUUAUAUUGACUCCUCAGGCCAUUUGCUCAGCUCUCAUUGUUUACCAAAGUGUUUCUUUUUUUUUUAAGAUUUAAAAAAUAUGUAUUUUCCGAGAGAUGGGAAGGGAGAGAGAAUGAGGGAGAAAAACCUCCAUGUGUGAAAGAUAUGCAAUGAUCCCUUGCCUCUCACAGGCCCCCAAAGGGAGAAAAGGGGACCUGACCUGCAACCCAAGCAUGUACCCUGACCUUGAAUCAAACCUGUGACCUUUUAGUUCGCAGGCCAGCACUCAGUCUACUGAGCCACACCAACCAGGGCUUAAGUUUAUUUAUUUUUAGGGAGGGGGAAGGGAAAAAGAGGGAGAGAAACAUCAAUUGGUUGCCUCUCACAUGUGCUGCAACCAGGGAUGGCCCUGCAACCCAAGCAUAUGCCCCGACCAGGAAUCGAACCAGUAACCCUUUGGUUUGCAGGCCAGUGCUUGAUCCACUGAUCCACACCAGCCAGGGCUGGGCAUUUUCAUCUGGAUAUCCCAUGGAUAACUCAAACUCAACAUAUAAGAAGAGGAAAUAACCCUUGUGUUCCUCAUCUUGCUUAACAGUAUUACUGUCCCUUGAGCCCUUGUACUUGAAAUCUCAGAAUCAUCUUUUCAAUUCUCCCUUUCAUCUCUCAACAUUCAUUAUCAAUCCUGUUAAUACCAAUACAAUGUACCUAAUGUUUUUCCUUUCUUUUUAUUUUAUUUUAUUUUUUAUUUCCACUGUCCUGGCACCUUAGCUUAGAUCUUGUAACAGAUCUUGCUUCCAGCCCCUCUGAGCUCCAGUCAUCUAUGUUCCACAUUGCUACCAGAGCCCUUCGUAAAAUCCUUUGCUCUUAGGAAAAGUCUAAGCUCCUUGAUGAUGGAAUUGAAACCUUUCCAAUUUGGUCUCAGUCUAUCUCUAGGGUGAUUUUCUGCUUAAAUCUCAUAUACCUUUCUCCCACUCACACACCCUCUGCCCCCAAUGCUAUACUUUGUGUUCAUACCUCUGUGUGUUUAUUCUUGCUGUUCUUUUUGCCUAGAAUAAUCACCCUCCUUUUACCUGUUUUCAGUGUGUUUACUUUUGAGAUGAUUUAAAGAUUCCUUUCUCUGUGAAACGCUCUGGGCACCUUUCUUCCCUUAUCUUUUAUGCCCUGGACAGAAUUAGCUUAUUUGAUCUUUCUGCUUAUAUAGCUGCUUAUUUAGCUGCUUGUUCAUACUCUUGGUCUGAUACAUAAUUUUCUGGUUGCUUAUUGAUUUAUCUUCUUGCCUUUUUAGACUGACCCCUUGAAAGGCAGGAAUUACAUUAUCACUAUAGGCCCAGCACCUAAUGUAAUACCAUAAGACUGGGGCCUAGUAGAUAUUUUUUAAGUUGAAUGAAUAAACAACUCACUUUAGCCUUAUAAUCAGUGGGGUCAAAGCUCAAUUAUCGGGGCACUGCAGGCUUUAAUCAGGGGAUUCUGAUGAAGAUCUUUGUGUAUUCAGGAAGCCUUUAUUCCUACCUUGAAGUCCUUUCUCGGGACUUUCCUAAUCCCUUAGCUUUCAGAUUUUUACUUUUUCUAUCACCAUUUCAACUCUAAACUCUGCCCAGAGCAGGUAUACUUCCCAUAAACCUGACUGGAAUGUUUAUCUUUGAGACAAGUAGUUAUCCAAGGCUUUGAGCGAGGAAACUCUGCCUUUCUGCCUGAUCCUUACCUUGCUCCCUGCUGAAGGAGAUAAGUCUCCUGAGACACUCCAGACACGAGAAGUUAUUUGACCUUCAGUUCCUCCCCCACUCUUCUGUUCAGCCCCAGACUUAUCUGAUCUGAGAGCUGGUGAAGGAAGAUAGUUAUAACCAAGUACAUUCCAGCCAUCUAACUGGCUGGGUCCUACAGACUCCCAGAACGGCCCAAAAAGAGAUGGGCAACUGUCUGUCUGCCUCUAGUCCUCAUCAUCACUCCAGCUUUGGCUUCACAACUACUGAACUUUUACUUCAUUUAGUCUCCCCAGGAGAAAAAAAGGCUCCAGAAUCAAAGAAUCAAUACCCAGACCUUCAUCCCUUGUCUAAGCCAGAUCAUUCCAAGAAAGGGCUUCCAGGCAGCCACCAGGGGGACAGAAUGCCAGGGAAACAAGGAACUGGUCCCGGUGACUCUAAUUCUCAGGAGCCAGUUGCUCAUACCAGCGGAAAUGAUUACUGCAGUUUUUGAGUCUGGUGGAGUUGGACUCCUGUCUCUAUUGCAGCACAAACCAUAGUUCUCUCCUUCCAUGUCUUGCUGACAUUCCCUCUACACACCCUGUGCCUUCCCUUUACAUUUUUACAGUUCCUGAAACUGAAUAGAUACAGGAGGUGUACUAUGUAUGUUUGUCGUCAAAAGUGGCUCUUGCUGUCCUCUCCCUGUGCCCUGAGUUUCUCCUAUGUCUGCUGACCUCUGGUGGUGGUAGCUUGAACUGUACCCUCCCUUUCUAGUUAGUGACCUGCUGGCAGGUAAUGGUGUAUUUUUUUUCUCAACAAUACAAAUUCAAAUACUGUAUUACAUGGGAAUACUUAUCGCUGAGUUUUGUAUUUAUUUUUGGGCUUUUCAGCCAUUAAAAGUGAAAGUAAUAAUAACUAGUUCAAUGGAAGAAUUAGAUAAGGCGAUUGUAAAAUGUAUAGCCCUAGCUGUGUCCUACAACAUAGGUGCUCAAUAAAAGUUUGUUGCCUUCUUGAUAAUAGUGACUUGUUCAGUGUGUGACUCAAAGUGAUUUUAGAAAUUCUGGUAACAUAAAAUUUACCAUUAUACCAUUUCAGUGUGAUUUUUUUUUUUUUUAAUUCGGAGAAAUUUUACAUAACUGAUUUCUGAUUCUUUAGUUUGGAAAAUGAGGUCAACUCUAGUGUGGACUGUGAAGCCUGUCUCUGCUGAGGGAGCUGUAGAUCUGAGACCUGAUAAUGGUUAGAAGGUAUCUUGGGCACAGCUGAAUGGCUUUGUGUACUUGACCUCACUUUGGUUUCCUGGCUGACAGGACCCAGUACUUUCUUCCAGGGUUAGCAAAGGGCAGAGGUUUGAAGUUAGGCAUCACUGGGUUCUCAGCUGGGCCUCCAAGCCCCCCUUCUCCCACUUUGCAAAGAAAAGAGGAGGUGGCUGAACAGAGGAGGAUAUGAGAUUGGUUCUCUGCUCCUCCCUCUCCAUGCUUUUCCCCACACCCAUCCUCUCCCCCACAACAGCCGUCUCCCCCACAGAGACGGGGAAGAGGGAGGAGGGCGGAGUUGGGGACUGAGGGAUCAGAAGCCCCACAGUGCCCUGUAUCUAAAGGAAGCUAUGGCCAGGGGCAGCUGUGCUGGCUCACGCUCCCCACCUCCUACUGCUGCCUCCUUCAAAAUGAUGCUGGGUACUCUGGGGCUUUGGGUUCUGUUUCCCACAGCUGUGCAAGGUAAGUGUCUACAGAGAGGUGCACUGUCUUUCCAUUCACCCAAUGAGGAAAAGGGGCACUUGAAGCAGCAGCCACCCCUUUGGAAGGGUGGUAAGUGGAGUGGGUGAGUGAGGGUGAAGGGUAGAGUCAUGUGUCCCCAUGGAGGGGGUCAGGUUCCAGGCCUCUGCUGACACUCUCCUCAUGUGGCUUUACCAUGCUGGCCCUGGGAUAUGAAAUAUGUUUUGUCUCUCUUUGUGGCUGCUGUUUUAGCCUGGGCAUUCACUCUCAUCUUGAACCCUCCUCCCUCCCCACCUUGGGCCACAGCACCCCCAAGCAGGCGGACAUGUGUGUUCUUUGAGGCCCCCGGAGUUCGGGGAAGCACAAAGACACUGGGGAAGCUGCUAGAUGCAGGACCGGGUCCCCCCAGGGUUAUCCGCUGCCUCUACAGCCGUUGCUGCUUUGGGAUCUGGAACCUGACCCGGGACCUGGCACAGGUGGAGAUGCAAGGAUGCCGAGACAGUGAUGAGCCAGGCUGUGAUUCCCCCCGGUGUGACCCAAGCCCCCGAGCUCAGCCUAGCCCCAGCUCCACUCUCUUCACCUGCUCCUGUGGCACUGACUUCUGCAAUGCCAAUUAUAGCCAUCUACCUCCUCUGGGGAGCCCUGGGACUUCUGGCUUCCAGGGUCUCCAGGCCAUCUCAGGCAAGUCCAUCUGGAUGGUGCUGGUGCUGCUGGGGCUGUUUCUCCUCCUGCUGCUUCUGGGCAACGUCAUUUUGGCCCUGCUACAGGGAAAGGCCUACAGAGUGAGAGGUGGGCCAGACCCAGAGCCAGAGCCAGACUCAGGCAGAGACUGGAGUGCAGAGCUGCCUGAACUGCCUGAGCUGUGCUUCUCCCAGGUAAUCCGGGAAGGAGGUCACGCAGUGGUGUGGGCUGGGCAGCUGCAAGGCAAACUGGUAGCCAUCAAGGCCUUUCCCCUGAGGGCUGUGGCCCAGUUCCGAGCUGAGAGAGCAUUGUAUGAGCUGCCAGGCCUACGGCAUGACCACGUUGUCCGCUUUAUCACUGCCAGCAAGGGAGGCCCUGGCCCCCUGCACUGUGGGCCCCUGCUGGUAUUGGAACUGCACCCCAAGGGUUCCCUGUGCCACUACUUGGCCCAGAACACCAGUGACUGGGGAAGUUCCCUGAGGAUGGCACUGUCCCUGGCACAGGGCCUGGCAUUUCUCCACGAGGAGCGCUGGCAGGAUGGCCAGUAUAAACCAGGUAUUGCCCACCGAGAUCUGAGCAGCCAAAAUGUGCUCAUUCGGGAAGACGGGUCAUGUGCCAUUGGAGACCUGGGCCUUGCCUUGGUGCUACCUGGCCUCACUCAGCCCUCAACCUGGGCCCCUACUCAACCCCAAGGUCCAGCUGCCAUCAUGGAGGCUGGCACCCAGAGGUAUAUGGCUCCAGAGCUCUUGGACAAGACUCUGGAUCUACAGGACUGGGGCACAGCCCUCCGACGAGCUGAUGUUUAUUCUCUAGCUCUGCUCCUGUGGGAGAUCCUGAGUCGCUGCCCAGAUCUGUGGCCUGACAGCAGACCACCACCCUUCCAGCUGGCCUAUGAAGCAGAACUGGGUAGCACCCCCACCACCUGUGAGCUGUGGACCUUGGCAGUGGAGGAGAGAAGACGUCCUUACAUCCCACCCACCUGGUGCUGCUUUGCCACAGACCCUGGUGGCCUGAGAGAGCUCCUAGAGGACUGUUGGGAUGCAGACCCGGAAGCACGGCUGACAGCUGAGUGUGUACAGCAGCGCCUGACCACCCUGGCCUCUCCUCAGGAGGCCCACACCUUCCCAGAGGGCUGUCCAGCAAGCUGCCCACCUCUUUGCCCAGAAGACUGCCUCUCAACUCCUUCCCACUGUCAUUCUCCCUUGUAGGCCUCAGAUGAGAAUCUGCCGCUCCGGUGGUCAGCAAGGCCCUUGUUCCAGGACUCUCAACCUGCCCAUUACCAUUUCUCAUGUGUAAAUAUGCCGU